AUGGUCGCUCAAGUGGAUUCCAAAGCAAAUAGCCAAUGUGGAUUGGCUAUUCCAGUCCCUGAGAAGAGAUCGUCCUACUAUCCCAAAUCACGACCAUUUGACCGGCACCGACCAGUCAAGUUGAUCAUUGUCGGAGCAGGGAUUGCGGGAAUCUCUGCAGCCAUCCUCAUCCCCCGAAAAGUUCGCAACUUGUCCUACGUUGUUUACGAAAAGAACAAGAGAGUGGGCGGGGCUUGGGAAGAGAACAAGUAUCCUGGCGUGCGAUGUGACGUGCCCGCUCAUACUUACCAGCUUUCAUUUGCACCCAACAUUCGAUGGUCGGAGUACUAUCCGAAAGGGUCCGAAAUCCGUCAGUACUACCAGGAUGUGGUGGACAAAUACGGCGUUUCAGAACAUCUACGCGUGCGACAUGAGGUGAGCAAGGCAACUUGGCGGGAUGAUUUGUCUCAAUGGGAGGUUACCGUGAAGGACCUGGAGACGGGGACGACGCAUAUGGACUUUGCGGAUUUCUUCCUGUCUGCGCCAGGCUUACUGAACAAAUGGUCCCUACCCGAUAUUCCCGGUCUCCAAGACGAAUACCAGGGACACCUGUGUCAUACAGCGAACUGGGAUCCCGAUUUUGAUUAUCACGGUAAGCGCAUUGCUGUCAUAGGUAAUGGGGCAAGCGGCCUUCAGAUUCUCCCAAACCUCCUUGCGGAUGCCGGUCACAUAGACCACUAUGUCCGCUCCAAAGUCUGGGUUGCUCCAGCAUUUCGAAAGGAUCUCCUUCCGGCCACGGCGGAGAACCCGGGCGGCGAACCCUAUACCGAAGAACAAAAGGACGAAUGGACCAAUAAUCCCAAGGCCUAUCUAGAGUAUCGGAGAAGCCUGGACAUCAUUUUUCACCCGCCCUGGGCAAACCAGGUCAAAGACAGCCCGCAGAAUCGGUUGGUACGAGAGCGUUCUACCCAGACCAUUCUGGAGCGCGUGGGUGGCGACAAGGCGUGGUUGGAGCGACUCUUGCCUGAAUAUGCACCGGGCUGUAAACGUCCCACACCCGCCCCAGGUUAUAUCGAAGCCAUCCUCGAUCCCAAGGUCGAAUAUAUCACGGAAAAGAUCACUCGUGCUACCUCGACGGGUCUAGUAACGGCAGAUGGCAAGCUUCGAGAGGUCGACGCAAUCAUUGCAGCCACUGGCUUCAGGGAUGGAACCAUCCCACGCUUCCCAACCAUUGGUAAGAAUGGGACUGAUCUCAGCAAAUAUUGGGCCUUUGACGGCCCCGUGGGCUAUCCGGAAACCUAUCUCGGCGUCAUGGCUCCAGGCUUUCCCAACUACUUUUUCAUCCAUCAGGCCCAAGGAAAUGGAGCUGGUGGCACUGUUCCAAUGCAGUGCGAAAUGUCGGCCACAUAUAUCGCCAAAGUCAUCAGGAAGGUGCAAAGCCAAAGCUACAAGACGGCCGUCCCGUCCCAGGAGGCGACAAACGACUUUAACGACAUUGUGGAUGGGGCCUUCGACAACAGUGUUUUGUCGGAUUCGUGUAACAGUUGGUUCAAGCCAGGGCCGGGCAAAACCCGCAUUACUCUCCAUUGGCCGGGGACUUUCCAUCAUCGCUUCGACGCAUACCGCGAUCCUCGUUGGGAGGAUUUUGUCUUCGAGCGACAGGACGAUGCCAGGGCGAAUCGAUUUGAAUAUUUUGGAAACGGUUCUGCAGCAUUCGAAGAGACAGGCAGCGUUUUGGAAUUCACCAACUAUCUCAAGGAGCCUGGAACCGUAGAUUUGGCGACGCUCCACGAGAAUUGGAACGAGUGA